AUGAAAAAACUCUUUUCGAAACGUGGGAGGACGAGUAUCAGCAGGACACCUUUGAUCGAGAGAGACAACUCUUCCCAACAGGGUGAGUCUGUUAUCUUUGUCAUUUUUUAACUGUACUUUAUUUUUCCUUAAAUUAAUGUUGGUGUAUCGUAGAGAAUCCAAGAAAUUUAGAUGCAAAGUGUGGAAUAAAAACCCCUCGAAAAGGAAAAAAAAAGUAGAAAUAUGGCGAAAAAAACUGUCUGUCAGAAUUUGAGUUUUAUUUACUUAUUUAAAAAGGGACUGUGUACAAAUGUAAAUGUGUCCGAGUAAGUCAGAGGGCUGAGUCUCAUUUCUAAGAUGUUGUUAGACAUUAAAAGUUAAAUUAAAAUCAUCGGUGUUGACAUUGUUGGUUCCAAGUAAACAAUCACUUCCCAUUAUGAUCAAAUGUAUAACAGGAUAGAGGCUCUCCGAUUGAUUUCAACACUAAUUUAAUGCUCUAUAUGAAAGACAACCUGCAGUACGUCUAAAGUAAAAUACGUCUGUGUCGUGUGUUUUAAGAUACACAUCUCCAGAAAAGGUAUAAUAUAAAAAUGUGUCAAUAACAAUGAAGCGGUAGGGCACAAUUCAAAGUGUUUAAGUGUUAUUUAAACUAGACCAGAUCAAACUGGAUUGAAGGUGACAUAAUACCAGUAUGUCGGGGAUUUCCAAAUACCUGAGUGGAUUUGAAGCAUGUAUUCAGAGAAGACAGCUCCACACAGGUGUCUGAGUUAUACACAUCAACUUCCAAUUGGCUCUGAUUUCAUUCCACUCACUUUCAUGAAGUAACCAAACCUGUUAUUCCGCUUUGAUAAUACAAAACUAUUAUAGGCAUGAAAACACUCCAAUGAAGUAGAUGAAGUAGAGGUGCAUGAAAGUACCUGAUUUGCUUAUCAAACUUGAUUCUGAAGGGACUAUGACUCCAAGGUUAUUUGCAUGGGUUUUUUUUAUGGAGAGGAUGAAUAGGCCAAGAUGAGGAGAAAUGCAGUGGACCUGACAAAAGUACUUCUGUUCAAUUCUUGUUCAAUAAUGAGGUCCAGUGGAGGCAAAUAUGUAGAGAAGGAGAGUGGACCGAGAGUGGAACCCUGGGGGACACCACAGGGAACUUCGGUUAUGCUCAAACACAACCUUAGGGAUACGGUUCACAGUGCUCUAACCUAAACCCUUGAAUUCACUUUCUUUCAUAGGUUACGAUCUGGCACUUGAUGCGAACGACAAUCAUCCAAGCAUCUUGAACACCAAUGAGGAGCAACCCUUGGAGGUUCCUGGGGAGAUCUCUCUUCAGGUGCUGGCUGAAGUUCUUGGUGUUGUCCCUGAUACAAACACCACCCUGGAUGGAGUCUGGUCCGAUUCAGACCAGCAGAAAUCUCUCAUCCAAAAAUCGGUGGACCAGCACUUCCCAAAGCCACCAGCAGAUCUUGACGGCGACCUUCCUGAGCACCUGAAAAAUGUGCAGAACACUGUGCACAGUGAGCUCGCGAGGCUGCAUCUUCUGUUGGAUGGCAUGGUUCUGGGAGAGUGUCUGAUUGAUUGUUACCAUCGUCACACAUUCAAUCACCUCGAUGAUCUACUGCAGGAGAUCUGCUCAUCCAAGAGUCUCUUGGUGCUGAUGAAGUGGGUCCUUUACACAUAUCCGAGGUAACUAAAUCCACAUUUUUACCUCGGUGUCUAACACUUCAUUCUCAUUCUCAUUUUUCAACAACUGCUGCAGCAUCUGAUGUUGGUUUUUGUUUUACUUUUCCAGUCAGGAUCUGCUCAGCCAUCCAGGCCGUGAAGAACCAGUGACCAAAGUCGACCCCUUGAUGUUCUCAGAGUGGUUUGUUAAAGCAAAGGACAAACUGCUUGUGAAUGUGCAGGUGAGGAAACUCGUGCCUACAGUGUAAUGGCUGUAUACAUUAAGAGGUGCUGUUCACCAUUUUAUCGCUUCAGAUGAGGAUGGCAAAAUCACAGAUUCAACUGUCAAUGCACAAGAGUAAAACAAUGGCCGCAAUGUCAACAGAGGGUAGGCCAUCUAUGCAUAUUAUUAAUUUUGGGGUUUCUUUUGGUCUGCAGAAAGAGGUCAAAGGGCAACUAGAGAAAAUCCUACAAUUUGAGCAAAAUGAAGAUGGCAUGUAUACAGAUGAAGCUUUUGUUGGAUUUUAUGUGGACGUCAUUGGGGUAUGUAGGUUUAGUUUAUUCCUCAUGUUUAAAAUAAAAACACUUUUUAAUGAUUCUAUAUUUAUUUAUUUCCUUUGUUUCUUUUUUUGUUUUGUUUCCCCCCUAAAGUGUACUGAGGCCAUACCCAAAGAAACCCUCAAAAUCAGCUCUGAACUGUCUCAUCGUGUGCAGGAGGUUUGUUUCAGAGCACUGCUGGGGUUUCUGGACAGGUGAGAGUUUCUAUUUUUUACCACAGCAAUCGAAAACAAAAGAAAUGUCAAAAACAACCAACUUUUAUCAUUUCCAAACAGUCUGUAUGUAUCCUCAAUCAAACAGGUGUCUGUCAAGUCCUGUUUGCAAGGCUUAAACCAGACGUAACCUUUUCUUCUUGGUUGUAGGUACAUGGCUGAGCAGACUGAGACUCUUGGCAAAGAGGCAAAAAAGGAGAAACCAAAAAUGUGGCUCUUCUUCAAAACUUUGAAUACCUGUGAAAAGCUCAGGUGAGUUUGAGCUCCUCUGUCUCUGCUGAACAUUAACUCUGCUCACUGAAGGCAAUAUUUCUAUUCAUGUUCAUCAAAAAUCAUGAUAGUGUGUGGCUGAUCUAUCAUUAGAGUGGAUUUUCUUUUUCAUGUUUCCUCUCAGAGGGUACGUCCAGAACAAAGGGUCAGCUAUCCAGAGAUCCCUUCUUGAGCACAUUGUGGCAAAGCUUGACAACAUAGAGAGCCUUGCUUUAAAUCUCCUGCUGGAAAAGGUGGCUGACAUUGCAGAGGUAACUAUUCAUUCAUCAUCAUCAUUGUAAAUGUAGCAGCGGCUUUUCUCUCGUGUUCAAAUAGCAUGGGGAUAAGAAAACCGUUAUUGUUAAUUCAGUCCUGAUUAAUGCAUGAACGCUGACAGCCCUAUGUCAUAAAAAAAGACAGGAAAGGACCCAAAUGCAGACAAAAAAAAAGGAUUUUUCUAAAUUAACUCAAUGAAAGGUAACAAAAACUUACUUAGGCUACACAGACAAGCGUACACAUAGACAUACAAUGAACCAACAAAGAAACAGGGGAACACAGGGACUAUAUACACACACAGGGAAACGAGCAACGAGAGGCAGGUGAGACACUGAGACACAGGUGUAGACAAUUACUAAGGAGGCAAAACAAGACUGGACUACAACAAAAUAAAACAGGAAGGACUGAAAACUGAUCGAAAGAAUAAAACACAGACACAAACUGAAAAUUCACAAGACAGGACUACAGGGGUAGAGAAACAAUAGGGAAUAUAAACACUAGGAAGAAUACACAAAAUAAACUCAAAUCACAAAACCAGAGAAAAACUGAAUCAACAGAAGAUAUCAUGAAACCCUAGUUUUUACUUUUAAACUUUAAAACUUACAGUUUUAAUUUUUUAAAUCUCAUUUUUUCUCUUGCAGAAAAAUCUUAAGGAUUACUUCAAAACAGACAACAAGCGAUUCUUGAUGUCUGCGCUGACGGAUGAUUUCUCAAAGACACAGUGCAGCCAAGAGAUAGAAAAGGUAAGAGUUUCAUAUCAUAACUUAGAAAAUAGAGCUGCCCGUCUGUUAGUUCAGGAAUAUUUGUAACUAAACUGUGUCUCUCUCUGUCUUUGUUUCUUGCAGAAAGUAAUGGAUGAAGUCUAUGAGCUUGUUGUUCGCAUUUACCUCAAACAUCUUCUCAAGAGCAGCAAGAGCAGACUGCAGAGGUGCUGGAGUUCUGAUGUUGGACGAACAAUCCAUGAAGAUGCUGACCUACUUCACUCCACCUUCACAAAGCUGGUGAGAUCUUCAUAUCAUACUUCAUGUGGUUGUGUCCAUAACUUUGCUGGUUCUGGUAGAUACUGGAGCUCUGUUUGUGUUGUCAUUUGUCAGGCUCCUGGUGUCCAGCAGUGGAACUUUGUGCUGCUGAGAGUGUCAGAGCUGCUGGAGUGCAAAGACGUCGAUAUGGUGAAGCUCACAGUUGCAGUCAUGCAGAAAGAAAGUCCAUCCUGGAGGUAAAUGAGAUUAUUUUUCUGAACUUCCCCAAAAUGUAUGACUAUAUCAACUUCUAAAAUGGAGAGAAACGUGAUAAUCAAAUGAUUUCGUUACAUGGCAACAGUGGAGGAGGCUUCUAGAGUUCUGGGUUUCUGAGUGCUUUAAAAGAGACUGUAUGAAAGGGGUUUCAUGCCCCCCUCUGUUAAGUCAUUAGAGGAACUGUACCUCACUGAUCUUACCUGGUUGUCUUGUUCUUAACAGAGGCGAUGUGGAGCUUCUGCCCAAAUUGCUGCGAUGGGUGGGUCUCUCUGGAAGCAGGGUCAGGGAGGUGCUGGACGCCAUUCCCGGUCAAGAACCCAGACAUGUGUCCUGGUGCUUCAGUCUGAAGUGCUGGUAA